AUGGGCAACCUGAACACCAACCUCGUUCUGAUGCUGGCUCUUCUACUCUCGCCUCUUCCCCUCAAAGGAGCAUCGGACACUGAAAAGAAGUCCGAUGCUGAGUACGUUCCUGUCACUCCUGUAAAGUACCGGCCUGUCGCCGACGUGCGGGCUGCUUACAAGCAGUGCUCGGAUUGCCGGUGUUGUUCCGCCACCGACCAAAGCAAAUGCGAGACCACCAAGUGUUGCUACGAACUCAUCUGCAACGAGGCCGUCAAUCCAGCCGCCAACUGCUCGUUUAAGCCGACGGCCUGCAACUGCAACAACUGCAAUUGA